UUUUAUAUAUUUAUUUAUAUAGGUAUUAUUCAAUAUUCAAUAAAUACUGAUGAAAAUAUAUUAAAACUUCAACUUUACUGAUAAAAAAAUCAAAUAAUUAGUUCCCAUUUUAUAAAAUAAUGUUGUGUAAUUAACUUUUGCUUCCAUGCUAAUUACAUUUCAAACAGUUUAUUGUUUCAAGGAACAUUUAAUUAUAAAAAACUUUGUGUUCUUUGUUCACAUUUAGAGAGGCGAAUUAAUACUCCUUUCAUAAAACAUUGACUUUUGUUACAUGAAAAGAUCCUAAGCAAAUUUAAAAGGAUCUUUUUUAAGGCUCAAGAUUAAACCGAAUCGAAACACUUUUCCCUUUGACUUUUGCGGGACAAAAUUCAGCGCAUUAAAAUUAAUCAACAUUACAAGACGCGUUUAUUAAUUACGACAGGGACUUAAUUACUAUCAGUUCGGAAUUAAAAAAUAAAGUUCGAUCGAAAUAACUAGACCAUUAAGACGACGAUAAAGCACCGACUAAAAGCUCUGCAAAUUGCGAACGUUGAGAAAUAAAAUUUUAUUAAGCCAUUUAGAACCCAUUAAAAGUGUUUACAAUUCAACUAAUGUCAGAUUAAGUAAUACGGCACAUUUAACAAAAGAACCCGUCCGAGAUAAAAGUUAUUAAAAUGAAUUUUCAGUGUUCAGACAUGCCACACAAGAUAUUUCAGCUACAUUUCAAGUUGCUCGUCUUCGUUUUGUUUUUCCUCAGCAAAGAAUCAGCUUCAUUGAAGUCGAUGAUAGUGCGAGUGCCGCAGGUCGUUAAGUCCGGCGACACCGUCACACUGUCCUGCGAAUACGACCUGGAACAAGUCCCCCUGUACUCGGUGAAAUGGUACAGGAACGACAUAGAGUUCUACAGGUUCAUUCCGAAGGAGUCGCCGCCGUUCAGGGCUUUCGCAGUGAAAUUCGUCAACGUCGACUUGUCACGUUCAGGACCGACUGAAGUAACCCUUCGCGGCGUCCGCAGGGAAUUAUCAGGAGAAUAUAACUGCGAGGUGUCGUCGGAUGCUCCGCUCUUCCACACCGAAAUGCAGGGCGCACACAUGAUCGUAACAGAGCUGCCCAGCAGUAAGCCGGUGAUGAACAUCGAGCCGACCAAAGUCGAGAUUGGAAAGAAGAUAAAAGCGGAAUGCUACUCCCCCGGUUCGGAUCCAGCGGCCAACCUGACCUGGUACAUCAAUGAUGAAGAGGUGACAGAAUUUUCGGAGGGUGUCCACACCUACCCGUCCGAAGUCUCCAUGGACCACGCGUUGGGAUUGCAAUCCUCCAAAUCGAAAUUGGAAAUAACGACGAACCGUUCCCACUUUAUAACCGGCGUGAUGACGCUGAAAUGCGAGGCGUCCAUCUACACCUUAUGGCGGGAGUUUGUGGAGGAUAACGUCAGGGACGACACGCCGCAAUUAGCGCCCGUACUCGGUUCGACAUCGUCCCAGAGUCACACGGAUGAAGUGAUAGAUGAGAUCUCGAGUGACAGUCCAAGAAUAAACGAGUUGCGGUUAUUGAAACUGUUCUGUCUAAUUUUGGUUAUGUUUAGGUAAUGGCUUUAAAGAACCUAUAUGUCUACAGUGUGCCUAUUUUUCAGUUAACACACCUGUUAAUUCAUGGGUAACUGCUAGAUGUAAUUCUGUUGUCUACAAGUCCUUUAAUUAAAAAAAAAUAAAUGUGUUACCAACAUCCACUUCAUAGUAAUUUACAAGUCUCGUCGCAAUUAAAGAGAGAAUGAACACAGAAUUAUAUCCAAUUUAUUCAGUUUCCCAUUAAUUUUAAUCGUCCCCAUUUUACAUCAUAUGGCUAUAAUGUAUAGAUCAAACAGUCCGAAUUAAACUGAACAACAUUCCUAAAAGACAGGCCAAAAUGGUUGAAAUGUGCUUUAAAAUUACUUUAGUUUAGUUCGCGGAUUAAAUAAUCUAUAGAAGUACUUCCAAAAGUCCCGGGAGAAAUUAGAUUACUAACCAAUAUAAAUGCUCCCGAAAGCUUUAAAUACAAAUGGGUUUCGGAGUCUGUUUAUUACGAUACAUUAAUCUACUUCACUUUUGUAAUAUAUGUAAUUAACGUCACAUUUUUAUGAUGCCGCAAAAACAGAGUUUCGGAAACAUGUAUCAAAUAAUCUUUAUGAAAAAAAUAAUGAUCCAUACAUUAUACAGAAUAACCUCGAUCAUUCUAUGGCAAUAAUAUAUGAAAACCCAUUUAAGUAUAUACCCCCUAAAUUUAGGCCAAAAAAAUUGUUAUUUUAGAAUGUAAAAAUGUGAUAAAACUUAGCUCUAAGAUUGUUUUGUUAUUUGUUGUUUGAUGUUGGAAAUUACUUGAUUGAAUCGGAAAUGUUAUUUUCAAUGAAAUUAUUGAAUAGAUAUAAACUAUAUAAAUUACAGUUUUAUCCCAGUCUCUUUAGUAAUUUACCAUAAAUGUAUAAAACAGAAAUGUAACCCGCUUUUGCCGUUUCAAAUGAUGUUAAUAUAAUUUUGUAAAUAGGUCAUUACCUAAGUAAAUCUUUAAAUAAUUUUAUUACUGUGUUUUCAUUUUUAUUUUUCAUCAAAACUAGAUGUACACAUUUAAACUUAACUAUAAAUAGGGUCCGCUUGUUCUAUUAUUUGUUGUGUUAUUUUUAUAAAAUUAAGUGAAUAACUGUAAUUAUUAAAUAAAUAUGAUCUUUUUAAA